UACAGAGUGGAGCGCAGUAGAGACGGCGGAGGAUCCUCGGGUGGUGGCUACUGCGUUCUCAGACUCGCGGUGGGGUAGGAGGAGCCGUCCCGCCCCCAGCCCGAGCCCUGGGCACCUGCAGGGCGGCGAAGGCUGUGGGGACGCACGGAGCGCCCGGCUCUGACGCUAGCCUGCCUGCACCUCCUCCCCAUACCUGAGCGGGGAGCGGCGGAGCACUGCUCGCUUCCCCUCCUCCUCCUCCUCUGCUGCUGCUACUACUGCUACUGCUCCUCCCAGCCUUAGUUCUAACUCCAGCCCGGCUGCCGCCCGAGUAAAGGUCGCUUAGGAGAGAGGAGCCAGGAAGCGGAGUCUCUAGUGACUAGGGAAGGGAGAGUGGGGGUGCGACUUUAAAAAAAAAAAGAAAAGAAAAGAAAGAAGGAAAAACUCUUUGCAAGAGCAGGAAGAUGGCGCCAGGCGGGCAGCGGCUGGUGUGAGAGCCACCCGGGGCAGUGAACAACACCUGGAGCCGGGGAUUACCCUGGAGAGGGGGACUGGGUCGCUAGGAGCGAAGGCUGAGCUUCCAGCCGCGCCUCCCGGCUUGUCUGCUGCGCGGACUGGGUCAUGUCGGUCAGCGAGCUCUACAGCCAGUUCACAAGGGUUUGGAUCCCUGACCCUGAUGAAGUAUGGCGAUCAGCAGAGAUAGUCAAGGACUACAAGGAGGGUGAGAAAAUUCUCCAACUGAAACUUGAAGAUGAAACUGUCCAAGAAUACCCCGUUGAUCUCAGUUCCAACCAGCUUCCCUUCUUACGAAACCCAGAUAUCCUGGUGGGAGAAAAUGACCUAACAGCUCUUAGUUAUCUUCAUGAGCCUGCAGUUUUGCAUAAUUUAAAAGUCCGAUUCUUGGAAUCAAACCAUAUCUACACCUAUUGUGGUAUUGUGCUUGUUGCCAUCAACCCCUAUGAGCAGUUGCCAAUCUAUGGACAAGAUGUCAUCUAUGCCUACAGUGGCCAAAACAUGGGGGAUAUGGACCCCCACAUCUUUGCAGUAGCAGAAGAGGCCUACAAGCAGAUGGCAAGAGAUGAAAAGAACCAGUCCAUCAUAGUAAGUGGGGAGUCAGGAGCCGGAAAGACAGUAUCAGCUAAAUACGCCAUGCGAUAUUUUGCCACAGUUGGGGGCUCUGCCAGUGAAACCAACAUUGAAGAGAAGGUUCUUGCUUCCAGCCCCAUCAUGGAGGCCAUUGGAAAUGCUAAAACCACUCGAAAUGACAACAGUAGUCGCUUCGGAAAGUACAUCCAGAUUGGAUUUGAUAAGAGGUACCACAUCAUUGGGGCCAACAUGAGGACCUACCUGUUGGAAAAGUCCAGAGUUGUCUUUCAGGCAGAUGAAGAAAGGAAUUACCACAUCUUCUAUCAGCUCUGUGCAGCAGCCAGCCUUCCAGAGUUUAAGGAGCUUGCUCUCACAUGUGCCGAGGACUUUUUCUAUGUCUCUCAGGGAAGAGACACAGCUAUUGAAGGUGUGGAUGAUGCAGAAGACUUUGAGAAAACCAGACAGGCCUUCACUCUUCUUGGAGUGAGAGAGUCCCAUCAGAUAAAUAUUUUUAAGAUAAUUGCUUCUAUCCUGCACCUUGGAAAUGUGGAGAUUCAAGCUGAACGCGAUGGAGAUUCCUGUAGCAUAUCACCCCAGGAUGAACACCUCAGGAAUUUUUGUCAAUUGCUGGGAGUUGAGCACAGUCAGAUGGAACAUUGGCUGUGCCACCGCAAACUGGUCACUACCUCUGAGACCUAUGUCAAGACCAUGUCUGUGCAGCAGGUGGUCAAUGCCAGGAAUGCCUUGGCUAAACACAUCUAUGCCCAGCUGUUCAACUGGAUCGUGGAGCAUAUCAAUAAAGCUCUCCAUACCUCCCUUAAGCAGCACUCCUUCAUUGGCGUCCUGGACAUCUAUGGAUUUGAAACAUUUGAGGUGAAUAGCUUUGAACAGUUUUGUAUCAACUAUGCAAAUGAAAAACUCCAGCAGCAAUUCAACUCGCAUGUCUUUAAACUGGAGCAAGAAGAAUAUAUGAAGGAGCAAAUCCCAUGGACUCUCAUUGAUUUUUAUGAUAACCAGCCCUGUAUUGAUCUAAUAGAAGCUAAACUGGGCAUCUUGGACCUGCUCGAUGAAGAAUGCAAGGUUCCCAAAGGCACUGACCAGAAUUGGGCUCAAAAACUGUAUGACCGGCAUUCCAGCAGCCAGCACUUCCAGAAACCCAGAAUGUCCAACACAUCCUUCAUUGUCCUUCAUUUUGCAGAUAAGGUGGAGUAUCACUCAGAUGGAUUUCUAGAGAAAAAUAGAGACACUGUAUAUGAAGAACAAAUCAACAUCCUGAAGGCCAGCAAGUUUCCACUGGUGGCUGACUUAUUCCAAGAUGACAAAGACACAGUACCUGCUCCUUCAUCUGGGAAAGGGGCAUCUUCAAAAAUCAGUGUCCGCUCUGCUAGACCUCCCAUGAAAGCUGCCAACAAGGAGCACAAGAAAACUGUGGGGCAUCAGUUCCGCACCUCCCUGAACCUGCUCAUGGAGACACUGAAUGCUACAACGCCCCACUAUGUGCGCUGCAUUAAGCCCAAUGAUGAGAAGCUUCCUUUCCACUUUGAUCCAAAAAGAGCAGUCCAGCAGCUCAGAGCCUGUGGAGUACUGGAGACCAUCCGAAUCAGUGCAGCUGGUUAUCCAUCCAGGUGGACCUAUCAUGACUUCUUCAACAGAUACAGAGUGCUCAUUAAAAAGAGGGAGCUCUCUAACACUGACAAAAAGGCCAUCUGUAAAAAUGUCCUGGAGAACCUCAUCAAGAUCCUUUUGGAACACAAGGCCACCAGGAUCCAGAAAUAUGCCCGGGGUUGGAUGGCCAGGAGGAGAUUUCUUCAGUUUCGGAGUGCUGCCAUCAUCAUCCAGUGUGCUUUCAGGCGCUUGAAGGCCAGGCAGGAGUUGAAAGCUCUCAAGAUUGAAGCCCGCUCUGCUGAGCACCUGAAGCGACUCAAUGUGGGCAUGGAGAACAAGGUGGUUCAGCUACAGAGGAAGAUCGAUGAUCAGAACAAAGAAUUCAGGAGUCUGACAGAGCAGCUCUCCACAGUGACCUCUGCCCACAACAUGGAGGUGGAGAAGCUAAAGAAGGAGCUGGUGAGAUACCAGCAGAACCAGGGUGGGGAUGACAGCCAACGGCUGAGCCUCCAGGAGGAGAUUGAGAACCUCCGGACAAAGUUACAGAAAGCCCACUCGGAGAGGAAGAUCCUUGAAGACAUCCACAGCCAGGAGAAGGAUGAGCUAAAAAAGCGAGUAUUGGACCUGGAACAAGAGAAUGCUCUUUUGAAAGAUGAAAAAGAAAUGCUUAACAACCAGAUCUUGUGCCAAUCUAAAGAUGAAUUUGCCCAAAAUUCAGUAAAGGAAAAUCUCCUAAUGAAGAAGGAUCUGGAGGAAGAACGGUCACGCUAUCAAAACCUCGUGAAGGAGUAUUCUCGCCUGGAGCAAAGAUAUGACAACCUUCGGGACGAGAUGACCAUCAUAAAGCAAACCCCAGGUCAUAGGAGAAACCCUUCGAACCAGAGUAGUUUAGAAUCUGACUCGAAUUACCCGUCGGUCUCCACAUCUGAGAUCGGAGAUACUGAAGAUGCAAUCCAGCAAGUGGAGGAAAUGGGUUUGGAGAAGGCAGCUAUGGACAUGUCUGUCUUCUUGAAGCUGCAGAAGAGAGUUCGAGAAUUGGAGCAGGAAAGGAAAAAAUUGCAAACUCAGCUUGAAAAGAAGGAGCAACAAGAAAACAAGAAAGUCCAGGUGGUUGAAUCAAAGAAUGGAAUAGAUGCAGACCAAGAUGCUGAUCUGGCCUACAACAGCUUGAAGAGACAAGAGCUGGAGUCAGAAAACAAGAAACUGAAAAAUGAGCUGAAUGAGCUGAGAAAGGCAGUGGCCGACCACGCCACCCAGAACGACUCAAACCAUGAGGUCCAGGACAGCUAUGCCCUCCUUCUGAACCAGCUCAAGUCAGCCAACGAGGAGCUGGAGGUCCGCAAGGAGGAGGUGCUGAUCCUCAGGACCCAGAUUGUGAGCGCCGACCAGAGAAAACAUGCUGGCAAGAGCAUGGAGCCCAAUAUUAAUGCCCGGACUAGUUGGCCCAACAGUGAAAAGCAUGUGGACCAGGAGGAUGCCAUUGAAGCCUAUCAUGGGGUCUGCCAGACAAAUAGCAAGACUGAGGAUUGGGGAUAUUUGAAUGAAGAUGGAGAACUCGGCUUGGCCUACCAAGGCCUAAAGCAAGUUGCCAGGUUGCUGGAAGCCCAGCUCCAGGCCCAGAGCCGAGAGCAUGAGGAAGAGAUGGAGUCUCUGAAGAGCCAGAUCGAAACCUUGAAGGAUGAGAUGGACAAGCAGCAGCAGACCUUCUGCCAGACACUCCUGCUGUCUCCAGAGGCCCAGGUGGAGUUUGGAGUCCAACAAGAAAUAUCCCGGCUGACCAAUGAAAAUCUGGACCUCAAAGAAUUGGUAGAGAAGCUGGAAAAGAACGAGAAGAAACUGAAAAAACAAUUGAAGAUUUAUAUGAAGAAAGUCCAAGAUCUAGAAGCUGCCCAGGCCCUAGCUCAGAGCGAGAGAAAGCGACAUGAGCUUACCAGACAAGUCACAGUCCAAAGGAAAGAAAAGGACUUCCAGGGGAUGCUGGAAUACUACAAGGAAGAUGAACCCCUUCUCAUUCGGAAUCUGGUGACAGAUCUGAAACCCCAGAUGCUGUCCGGCACUGUUCCCUGUCUCCCCGCUUACAUCCUCUACAUGUGUAUCAGACAUGCAGAUUAUGUCAAUGAUGACCUCAAAGUUCAUUCUCUGCUCACCUCAACCAUCAAUGGCAUCAAGAAAGUCCUAAAGAAGCACAAUGAUGACUUCGAGAUGACAUCCUUUUGGUUAUCUAAUACGUGCCGUCUUCUUCACUGCUUGAAGCAAUACAGUGGGGAUGAGGGCUUCAUGACCCAGAACACCCCCAAACAGAAUGAACACUGUCUUAAAAAUUUCGACCUCACCGAAUACCGCCAAGUCCUGAGUGAUCUCUCCAUCCAGAUUUACCAGCAGCUCAUUAAGAUAGCAGAGGGCAUGUUGCAACCGAUGAUAGUGUCUGCCAUGUUGGAAAAUGAAAGCAUUCAGGGUUUGUCUGGAGUGAAGCCAACAGGCUACAGGAAGCGGUCUUCUAGCAUGGUGGAUGGUGACAAUUCCUAUAGCCUGGAUGCCAUCAUACGCCAGAUGAAUUCCUUUCACAGUGUGAUGUGUGACCAGGGCCUGGAUCCCGAGAUCAUCCAGCAGGUGUUUAAGCAGCUCUUCUAUAUGAUCAAUGCUGUAGCCCUCAACAACCUCCUUCUGAGGAAGGAUGUCUGCUCUUGGAGCACAGGCAUGCAACUCCGACAUUCUAUUAUACUGCUGGCACAACUACAAGAUCGAAAUGACCCUCAGCAGCUGCUAUUAGACUUCAAGCACAUGUUCCCAGUCUUGUUUCCAUUUAAUCCAUCGUCUCUGACCAUGGACUCCAUUCACAUCCCUGCGGUUCUCAACUUGGAGUUCCUCAACGAAGUCUGAAGAAGACCAAUGUUCACCUUCUUGGCUCCAGCCCCAAUGAGUUCAAACAAAAAGAAAACAAUGACAUAAAUCAAAGGACCUAUUGAGUGUGGUAAAAGUGGACCAAGCCAGAACUUAA